UCUCGCGUUACGUCAAUUAGAAUCUGGUGGCUGACAUAGGAACUUACCGCGAAUAGGAACAAAUCAAGAUGGCCGCAACCAACUCAAGUUUAGCCAGUGAAAUUCCAACGAAGAAGGAGGAUGAAUUCAACGAAUUUUAUUCGGAAGUCAAAGAAAUUGAAAAAAGGGAUUCCGUGUUGACUCCCAAACAACAAAUCGACAGAUUAUUGCGGCCUGGUUCUUCUUACUUUAAUUUAAAUCCAUUUGAAGUUUUACAAAUAGAUCCAAGUACUUCUAUAGAUGAAAUCAAAAAAAAAUAUCGACGCAUGUCCAUACUUGUGCAUCCUGACAAGAAUCAAGAUGACGCAGAGAGGGCACAACAAGCAUUUGAAAUUGUUAAUAAAGCAUGGAAGACAUUGGAAAAUGAAGAAACGAGAGCAAAAUGUAUGGAUGUUAUUGAAGAGGCAAAGGCUCGUACAGAUCACAUGAUCGCUGAGAAAAAGAAAAAAUUAAAAAAAGAAGGCAAGACUGACAAUUCGACAGGUACUAUGUUAGAGGAAGAAACCGAAGAAGGAUAUAGGCAUGCUGUUUGGGUGAUGACAAUGAAAUUAUUUGCCGAUAUGGAAAGACGAAGAAGAGAAUUAGCAACCAGAGAUGCCGAACAGCGAAAGAGAAAACGAGAGGAAGAAUUAUCCGCGGAAGCUCAAGCGGCCCUGGAACGUGAAUGGCAAAGAAACUUUGAAGAAUCUAGACAAUCACGAGUCGAUAGCUGGAAAGCUUUUCAAUCUGGCUCCAAUGCAACUAAACAAAAGAAAGCAAAAAAAUUAAAAGCCUUUAGGCCACCAAAAACGAAGGCCGAGUCACGAUAAUUAAUGGAAACUUAUCGCCUUUACUUCUCAUCGGAUUUAGAACCGUUUUCAAUCUCAUUUGCUCCAAUGUUAUUUCAUAGAUAUUUUCAGCAAGAAAAAUUCUAGAUCAUAUUACUUAUAUACAUACACAUUGUGUGUCAUCGUACGCGCGUGAACUCUUACAAAUGUCCAUUAAAAUAUUAUUAUCGUCGA